UUUAGCUCAGUGACCUCUGCGGGAAAUGAAAACACAGGCGGAAGAAAAGAGGAAGAGAGAUUGGAAGAGUGCGUGAGUGUUUCUUGUGGAAUUAUACUGAACUUUAUAAAGAAGAGUGAGUGAGGCGGCAUGUGGCAGGGUAGGAGAGAGUCAACAUGGCAAUGGCAGGGGUGAGGGAGAGUUGGAGAGAAAGAGACAAGACUUGUUAUUUGUGUGGUGGUAAUGUGGUGCUGAGCAGACUGUGAGUGUGUAUCUGGCUGCACCUUGGGCCAGUAAGUGCUGCACUGCCGUGCUGUGUGAUGAAGUGUUGCUGCAGCACCACACACCUGUGCUGCUGCUGCUCACUGGUAAAGGGCCAGUGUGGGGAGGGCAAGGCAGGGGAAGUGUUACACCAUAUGGUGUGUACAGUGAGGGGCAGCGUGGAUGAGAGUGGAGACUGUAGCAGCAGCGUCGCACUGGUGUGUGGUGCAAGAUGAGCAAGACUGUGCUGGUGUUGAACGGCCAGACUGUGAUCCUCACCAGUGAUGCCGCUGACACUGUGGUGCAGGGCGCCACCCCCCUCCACACCCCCAUGCUGGAGCAGGCCCCAGUCCCAGCCAGGCAUGGCCCCGAGGCAGCACAGGAUGGCCAGCCUGAGGUGCUGCAGGUGCGAGUGCAGGGCCACGAGGUGCCAGGGUUUAUGGUUGCCCCAGGAGGGGGUGGUGAGGCGGCACUGCACAAGGUGAUCGGGGGACAGCCCCAGCACACCCUCCCAGGGAUGGAGGAGGGGCAGCAAGCCUUGGUUGGGGGGAGUGUGGUGAGUGAGGGAGGUUUCUUGCAGCUGCCAGUAGCCCCCACACAGGGCACAGCCAGUUUAGGGGAGCACCAAGGUGGUGGCCUCGGGGGGGAGGUGUUCACCAUCACCACGGACCGCUUGGGGCAGGGCCAGGAUGACACACAGGACCUGCAGAGCCUGGCUGACCUGGUACACCUACCCCUGGCUGCCCCUGGGGUGAAGGGGCCACCAGGCAGCCUGGAGCAUAAGGAAGGAAGCCAGGGACUGGAGCAGAACCAGGGCCACGGCCAGGGGCAGAGUGAGGGUGGCAGCCUGUCCACACUGGUGGCCAUCAUCCAAGCAGAGGACGGCACCACACACACUAUUGAGCUUACCCCAGAGGAGGCAUGCCGCCUUGACCUGCUGUCCACCGUUACCACCACCACCACUACCACCACCACCACUGCCACCACCACCCUGCAGCACCUUGCAGACUGCCCCUCCUCUUUGGUGGCCACAGUUGCUGGAGAGCAGCACUCGAGGCAGGCUGUUGAGGAAGAGGCCAGGGGACUGCCCCUGGCCAAGGAGUGCUCCACGGUGUUCACUGAGGGCCCUGCUGGUGCUGGGGACCUGGGUGGAGAGGGAGAGGGUGAGGGGGAUGUAAGCCUGGGGCCGUUUCUACUGAUCCCGGAGUACAACAGUGACGGCAGUGUGUCCACUGUGCUGCAGCUGGCCGGCACAGAGGCCGAGGCUGCUGCCGCCACUGCUGUGCCAGUGACACCAGCAGUGAGCAGCGAUGUGCACCACACCACCACUGCUGCCACCACCAUGACCACAAUCACCACCACCACCUCCACAGCUGUCACCACUACCACCACCACUACCACUACUAGCCUAUCCUUCACUGACCUGAAGAAGCCUGCUGCCACCACCACUGCCACCACUGCCACUACCACCUCUGCCGCCACUACCACUCCCUUUCCUCGCAGUGGACAGGGCAUGCAGAGGAUCAGGCUGCCCCUCGCCGCACCGGUGGGCACAACAACAGCCCGCACACACAGUGUGCUGCGGGGCAAGACACCAGAGUGGCAGGCCGUAGCGCUGGUCCCUGGGGCGGGCCCCAGGGUAUCCCACAGGGUGUCUGGCACCACCUACCUCAGGGACAUUGCCAAGAGGACCAAGUUUAGGAAUCUGACAUCUUUCCUGGAGGGCAAGGAGGAUAGUGUAGGGCCAUGUGAGGCACCCCUGGCACCCUCCAACCCCUGCCUUACCAGUGCCCAGCUUCAGUGCCACAGCUGGAGUCAGUUUGCUGAGGACAGUGCCAACAGUUCCAGCCAUCACCAGGACAGUGCCGGGAUCAGCACACCCAGGCUGGCAUCCCUCCCCAGCCACACGGUAGUGCAGGAGGUGCCCCCCACCUCCAGAGAUGGCACCCUCACCAUCAGGGUCAGCACUGGCCCUAUUAAUGCCACCACCACCGCCACCACUAUUACCACUGGCACCACCACCGCCACUGCUCUGUUGCACCCCUCACCACCACCAUCCCUACCACCACCACCACUACCAACACUACCACUACUACCGCCACCACCACCACCACUACCGCCACCACCACCCAUCUCCACAGCCACACCCUCCAUCAAGUGUGCAGAGUUCCUGGACAGCGUGGGCAGCAGCACCCUGGCAACCUCGGACUCCACCAGCCUCACCUCCAUUGUGUACUGCUCCUCCGGUGGUGACGACACGCCCUUUGCUGUGCACCUGCCAGGCGGUGACAGCACCAAGCCCCUCGGCUCCAGCGAGAACCCCAUACAGCUGGUGCAGCAGGGCAACACCUUUCAGGCACUACAGCCAGUGCAGGAGAGGCAGCUGGAGCAGAUCACCGCCCUCCUGCAGCAGCGGCGCAUCACAGCACCCCCCACCUCACACCAUGACGAGAUAUACGACCCCAAGACUAACAUGAAGAUUGUGUAUAAGGUGGUGUACCCUGAGGAUGUCUUGCCUGAGGAGGAGGAGGAGGAGGAGGAAGAGGAGGAGCUGGAGGGCAUGACAAAGGAGGAGGAAGACCCAGGCUGUGGCAUGAAGGAGGAGGAGGACACUUGGGAGGGACAGACAGUCUUCCUGGAGGAGAAGAGGAGGGGGAGGAAACCCAAGGACUGGAGGAAAGUCCGCCCUGCUCAGGAAGAAAUGGUGGAGGAAGAUUUCAUGGAGGAGACUGAAGGGAAGAAGAAGCCAGUCUCCCGCACUCGGUCUGGUCGCAUCUCUCGUCCACCACGCCACAUGAUGAAAGACUUCAAGCACCUGCACCCAGUCAACUUCAAUGAUGACAUCAAGAAGAAGGACUCCAGCAGCUUUGGUUACCUGGACUAUGAGGAUUAUGUUCCCUCCGAGGCAGAGAAGGCGCCUGAACCGGUGUAUGCUGACCUGCCACGGCGCAAGAAGAGGGGGAUGCCACCCCUGACACGCCUGCGCUACACAUGUGCCACCUGCGGCAAGCUGUACAUGGGGCGCAUCGAAGCACACUACCGCAAGUUCCCUGACCACUGCCGCAAGCUUCCACCGUCCCCAACCGACCCCAAGCAGUCCUACUCCGCCAUCAAGACUCUCUCGGACGCCAAGGGGGCUGAGGGAGGCGAGGGCAGUGAGAUACACAAGUCCGUUCUGAGUCCCACGCCCGGCACCCCCGCCUCAGAGACCAGUGGAGAGCCUGGCCUGCCCAUGGAGACACUGACUGCCCUGCCACACCACCAGCAGGAGGCCCACCAAGCCCCUGAGGACCUGCUAGAUGUCAAGCUCGAGGCUGAGGACCCACUGCAGAUGACGGCAAAGGCCAGACGAGGGCGUGGCAGAAGGAAGGGGAGGGCUCGCCGCGGCAGGAGGGGGCGGCCAGCCAAGGUGUCCUCCACCAGUGCAGCGGCCGUGGCUCCCCCGCCUGCCAACCCCACCAAGGUCCUGGAGAAGAUCCUGAGUGCCUACACCUCACAGGACAUCCAGACUGCUGUGGGGCAGCGACUCUUUGAGAACCUGAGUCCCUGGCAGCAGCUGUGUCUGCGUGUGGACCGGGAGGGUGGCUGGCCACAGUGGCAGGAGAGACUGCGCCUGCUGGAGGACUUGCUGAAGGAGUGCCAGGAGGAACUGUUCAGCCAGACAGAGCCACUGCCAAGACCUACCAUAGCCCAGCAGGAGGAGGAGGGAGGCAAGUUGUGUGAAGGUGGGGGUGAAGGAGUGCCAGGGAAUGGUGCUUCACAGACUCCUAGUGCCAGUGAUAGCCAGGAUGUGCCAAGAGGAGAGGAUGUGGUGGCCAAGGGUGACUCCUCCUCUUCCUCCUUCCCUGCCUCCUCAUCUUCCUCCUCCUCCACUGCCAUGGCUGUCAAGCAAGAGGAAAAUGGAAACUUUGAGGUGUCUGACUAUAUUGCCAGCAUCUUUGGGGUGAGAAGCUGUGAGUACCAGCUGCGUCAGCGCCCCUCCUCCCCGCCCUCCCCAGUGGUGCAGGAGUCCCCAGUGCCUGGUGUGGGCUCCUACUUGUGUCCAAUGGGUUCCUCCCCUUCCUUGGUCAGCUUUGGGAAGCGCUCCCUGGAGGAUGAAGGCAGCGAUGACACAGAGUCACCGCCAAAGAAGAGAGAGACAGAAGCAGAGGAAGUGGUGCACCAGCAGACUGUCUCUGGCAUCCCUCUGGAGGCUGACAUGGUGGCAGGGGCAGGUGUCAUGUCCAGCAAGAAGGGUCAGUUUGGCAGCAGCUUGGACUGUGUCAGCUCAGCACUGGAGGCAGCAGCAUGUGACCUUGAGCUGCCUCCAUACAGCCUGUCUGGCCAGCUGGCCCCAGUCAGCAGCGCCAGUCUUGUCACAGUACAGUCUGCGCCUUCCAUGCUUGCUGGCACACCGCAGCCCAUCACACAACUGCCCAUCGCACAGCUGUCUGUCGCACCACUUCCCGUCACCCUGCCACACCUGAGUGAGUGUGUGGCGGCCAGCAGCAGCAGCACCACACUCACCACGGCCCACCCAGCGCCCUGCAGCACCCCUACCUCCAGUUUGUCCAUGGAGAUCCCCAGUUUCUCCACCCACAGCACAUCCCCACCCACACUGGUCCCCUGCCUGCCUCUCACCUCCAUGGACACCUCCUUCAUCCCCACCACCAUGUCGCAGGUCAGCAUGCAGCAGAUGCCAUUGGGAGACAUGGACAUCACUGCAGAGGACCUUCCCAGGCUACUCAGGGAGGGCACAGAGCUAGUGGUGGGCUGCAGCGGUGACGGCUGUGACGCCCCCAAGCUGCUGGACACGUCAGGAGACACCACCGACCUCAGCGAGAUGCUCUUCAAGCUGCAGGAGGCCACGGCCAGCAUCAGCCAGGGCCAGGAGAACACUCUGGGUCCUCAUUUGUACCAGGAGGGUGUCAGUGGCAACAACCCUCAGCUCAUGACACCAGAGAGCUUACACACACCAGGGGUCAGCCUUACCGCUCAGGACUACGGCACUGUGGUGGGCGGUACUCUCAACCCACACACUAACCUCACCUUGAAACUGGAUGCCUCGCAGGGCCGCGGAGAACACUCCAUGCCGUUGCUCACAUUCUCAGGUGCACUAAACUCAGAAUUUCACUCCGACUCAACCCUCGGACCGUCGGUGAGUCGUGGCGAGGAUGGCAGCAAGAUCAGCGCCAUCCUGAGUGGGGUCGGUAGUCAGCAGAAUGGUGCUGGCAAAGAGCAGGAAGGCGACCGGCUCAGUAUUGGGUUUGGAACUUCUAAUCUAGCAAUGAGUGAGUUUGAGGACUUGCUGAAGAGGUAAAGAGGCUUGUGUUUCUUCAGGAGCUUUGCAGUUCUCAGUCAUUUAGAGUUUAUUUUUUAUUUUUUAUUUUUUAUUAUAGUUUUUUUUCUACUGACUCACUCACAAUGUGUCUGCCUUGCAUUUGUCACCACUGCAGGUUAUGGUGUUUGUGGUGGUGUUGGUGGUGGAGAUCCAUAUCAUUACAAAAGGGAGGCAUUGCUGGCAUAUUUUAUCAUAUCCAAAUGUUGCUCAAAGGACUGCAUUUUCAAACUUUUAGGUGUCUUGUCUUGAUUACUUUCAACAGGCUCUUGUGGAUGUUACCAGGGUUUUGAAAGGUGUUUUCAUCAUCCUGUGUUGAACAAUAUACAAACCAGUGUAUGCUGUCAGGCCUUGCGGUGUGUGUGUGUGUGUGUGUGUGUGUGUGUGUGUGUGUGUGUGUGUGUGUGUGUAGUGCUAUUACUGAGCUACCUCAUGUAGAAAUGUGCCAAUACCAUUCCUACUCUUACUACUCCUACUCUUACUCCUACUCCUACUACUUCUACUCCUACUACUUCUACUUCUACUUCUACUUCUACUUCUACUACUACUACUACUACUACUACUACUACUACUACUACUACUACUACUACUACUACUUGAUUUAUAGAGCUAAGAGUGUGAAUAUGUGCAAGUGUGUGAGAUAGAGAGACAGAUUUUUAGCAAGGCUUCUACAGCAUCACUGGUACAACACCUCUUUGAAAACUCUACUAAGUAUCUCUGUAGUCUUUGAAAAUAGUCCUAGUGAGAACCCAAAGUGUUUCUAAAUAUGGACCAAACCCUCAUUGCAUUCUCUCAUCCAAUCACGACUCUGCAGGGUAGUGUUGGUGUGACACAGGUGUUGCAGCACAAAUGGUUGUGUUGACAUGGGGUGUGUUGAUCAUUGUGUUGUGUGUUUAUCUUUGGAAGAGAACCUCGAUCCCUCCCUUCACCGUUAGUGUUUGUUUAGUGCAGGUUGCUUCACAAAGGUGUCAUUCUGGUUCAUGUGUUUUUUACCUUCUGAUCACUGGGAAGUAGAUGUUUACAGAGGAACCUUGUGAUAGUUAGCCGAGUUACUUUAGUGCGCGUGCACACACACACACACACACACACACACACACACACACACACACACACACACACACACACACACACACACACACACACACAGUCCGGUAGCU